CUUUGCAUAUCUCAGCAGAGGGAGGAAAACGGAACAGCGUCUGUUCGUCUCUGGCUGGAUAAUCGAACUCAAGGCUGGGCUAGCCCGCCGCACACGCAUACCGACAACAAGCGAUCGAGCUGGCUGGAUCAGUCAACGUGAGUAGCUAGCGCAAGACACAGUGAAAAACAGAGCGACUUAUAAACCUGAUGUUUGUUGGCUAAUUAGCCAGUAUUUUGACUGAAAAUGGAGCACAUUCAGUCAAUGCCUUACAAUUCUGCAAUCGACAAGGUUUUGCAGAAUUAUCAGAACGUAGCAUUGUCGACUUUACAAGGACCAAAAAAUUCGCAACCACCACGUUGGUACGAGCGAGUGAAACUCGAAGAGGAGCAUACGAUUACGAUGAAGGGGAAAGAGGUGCUUUUGAAUCAAUCCUUGAAAACGGUGCCUGUAUUGCCCACAUCACUGCCAGGGAACGAACAGAUGGAAAAAUACGUCGAAGUUAUGGAUCCUAUUCUUCAUGGUUCUCCAUUCCCAGUUCAGCAAAUCCCAGUUCUUACACCGAUAGACAAUUCGCGAAGUGAAAAAUGUGAAACGAUAUUGGAGAACGAACAGAUCGCCUGUUUUAUUGUCGGCGGAGAAAAGCGUCUUUGUCUCCCUCAAAUUUUGAAUAGUGUGCUUAGAGAUUAUAGCCUGAGACAGAUAAACUUAGUUUGUGACGAUUUGUACAUUUAUUGUUCGCGAUGUAGUCCAGAGCAGUUAGAGAUUUUAAAGGUAACAGGUAUUCUUCCAUUCAGUGCACCGUCUUGUGGAUUGAUCACAAAAACCGAUGCAGAGCGUCUGUGUAACACUUUAUUGUACAGCUCAGAGAAGCACGUCUACUAUGGUUUGGAAUUAAAGAAACGAAAGUGUCAAAAAGAAAACAGCUUCGGGGUUUAUCACGAAUGCUUUGGGAAAUGUAAGGGAGUAUUUUUCCCAGAACUCUACAACCACCCAGACGCACCAUCCAUUGAAUGUGUUGAAUGUAUGAACAUGUACCCACCACAGAAGUUUAUCGUCCAUUCCCAUGGUGGCAAGGAAAAUCGCACUUGUCACUGGGGCUUUGAUUCUGCUAAUUGGCGAAGUUACUUGAUGUUGUCCAAUUCUGCAUUAAAUGAGGAAAAAUACCAAGAUUUACUGGAUGAAAUGAAAGGACGUUUUGACUACAGGAGCAGAUACAAACGAAAACAGGGCACAACUGAUGAAAAUGGUAACAAACGUCAGAAAUUACAAUGUAAGGAUGUCAACGAGAGGGAAGCAGUGGUCACAUCCGCCUGGUCAGAGGGCCAUCCAACGGGUCAUGUUCAGCGACCAUCUGCAUUCCGGCCAUGGUCACCGUCCGAUCUUAAGAGCCUUUUGCCUGAACAAGGAACAGUACUGGUGCAUGAUGGACGAGGUGCUCCAACGUUCCUUAGUACAGGACCACCAGUGCUGCUAAAUCCAGAACGUGUAGUACCCCAUAAUGCAUCUGCCUCAAGUGCUGCCCCUAAUGUUGCCCUUGCACCAUUGUCUGUCCAGCUUGGCCAACACUACAGUCCAAAGAACAGCCCAUCAAAAGACGGACCAGACAGCACCAAACACCUCAGUCCAUCAUACCAUGGCAACGAAGAACAGAAGUGUAAUUACACGGACAUAAACCUUGAAUACGAGAUUGAAGCCGUACGGACCAUCCUUAUGAAAGGCCAGUUGGAUACACGAGAAUCACGCGAGAACCUUCUGCGAGACCUCAUGAUGAUCCAUCAGAAACAGGAAGAGCGACUGAGAAACGCUUGUCAGGUACUUAAAGAGGAACUUGAGUCUGUGAAGCAGUCCAAAAGAGACAAGCUUAGAGAUUCGGCAGAGAUAAAGCGACGACUGCGAAACGACAUUGAGAAAAUGUCUGCCGAACAUGCUCGCAAAGUUUCUGAGAUGGCAAAUAGCGAAAAACGGCAUAAAAAAGAAUUUGAGCUCUUGCGAUUCAAACAGUCAGAAAGCCACGAAGAUCUCCAUCUUGAAAAUGUGCGUCUCCGUGCUGAAAAUGAAUACCUGCAGGAAAAACUUGAAGCGUUGGAGAGGCAAAUCAGAGAAAAGAAAACGAAUGGGUCUGAUCACCGUGAUACCGAAAGUGAUAGGUCAACUUCUCCAGAAGCAGGAAGUCUCGUGAAAAAGACCGCAAAAGAAAGUAUCGCAAUUAAGACGGAGUCAUAAAAUACGAGAAGGGAAAACGUGUUGGAAAUUAAAACUUAGGGAGACAUUUUGCGAUGAACUCUCACUGUGAAAUAAACAGUAUUUGAAAUAGUUUAACAGAUCUUUAUCGGAACUGAAAUAAGUAAAUAUAUGGAUGUGAUUGGAUGUGGUUGGAUGUGGAAGGUGGGAAUUGCCAAAAUCAGUGAAUGCGUGCUAGAUCAUGCGAGGAAUGAAUAAAUGAAGAUUUGAUAGAAUACGCAAAUGAUAAUAUAUGAAACGGGUAUUAGUAUUCUGUGUAGAAAAUCAGUGUGAGUCUAGUUUUAUGUACAAAAAUUUAUCGUUAGCUAUUUCCUGAGCAGCAAAUGCGAGUGAAUUUGUAAAUAUGUCUAAUUGUAUAUUGUGUUUCCUUUGGCAUUAAUUUUGAAGUAUAAAUGCUAACAUUGAUUUUGAUGAUGUUGGUAAGUUAGGAACAGAUUUUAACAUUCAUUUACACAUACAGGAAAAUAGCUCAUUUGAAAAUAUCAUUUAUGUAACAAUUCUUUGUGUAUUCUUUUUAAAAAAAUGUUAUUAAAUCCAAGAGUGGAUAAUUUAUAGAAAAAUAUAUAUUAUAAUUACAAACGCUAUAUAAAAGGACUAAUAUGUUAAGUGUACAUAUAUUUUUGUUGGAGAAGUUCCAAUUCUUGUAAAACAUUAGUAAGUUUAUUGAAGGGAGAUGGCACUGAUCUAAUUUACAUACUCACUGCAUUUAGAAGAAAACAUUUGCAUAACUUCUGUAUUUACAAUAGCUGAUUUGCAUAUAUGUAUAUGAGGUCACCUACUGUGAAAGGAAGUCAGAUUAUCUAAGUUACAAGAUUUGGAAGCACUUCAACAAGACCCGCUGUAGUAUUAGAUGCUUUGGCUUUAUAAGAUUGGAUUCAGGUAGGCAAAUUAAAAUACAAGAUAGUUAUAAAUAUAUAUUUGGUGAUAUCUCACCUAUUUAGUUGUGAGUUACCUCGGUACAUGUAUUUUCCACUUUGAGAAGCCUCUGCUUUUAAAUGCAAUGCCCUUUGCUGAUGUAAUGAGUCCAAGUAAAUCCUAGGUGAAGUAAAUCAUAUUUAUUCUCUUUUUCCAGUAUUAAAAUUUAAAGUCCUACCCUAUCAUACUUCAUUUGACAAAAAAAAAGGUGUAUGCCCAUAUAUAGUCGUGGUGUACCUAUAUAUGGUCAUGAUGUGAUGUCAUCGUGACCAUAUUAAGGCAUGUUACAUUUUUUUUUUUCGUAUAAAGUUUGAUAGUCUGUUCAAGGCUUACUGUGUAUAUGUUUUUUAGUUUGUUUUUUUAAUUUGUUGAUGACAAUCAUUUCCAAGUGUUGAACUUUUAUAUUUCUAUUUUAAAAUGUCAUGACUUCCCUUUGUUGAUAUACCAGCUGCCUUACAAAAUAGGUAGACCCAAAUGUGAUAAAAAAAAUAACAUGGCAUCCAUGUUACAGUGCAUGAUGGAAUAGUGUAUAUUUCAUAACUUCCUGUUUAAGGUUAAACUAUUUAUUACUUAACAAUUAAUUAUCUUUAACAGUUGAUCAAGGUUAAAAUUGCCCAAAACUAUAAACUUUAAAUGCCAUUAGUUUGCUCUAGAAGGAACAAAAAUGUGCAAAGCUUUUAAAAAAACAAAAUUCCUAUAAAAUUAGAAUUCCGGAAUAUAAAAACGAGAAAGUAACAUAAAUUUGGCAAGAGAUCGGAUUAUGAUCAGAAAAUAUUGGUGGAACAUCUGUUCUGUCAAGGCGAUUGAUAUUUUAAGGAGAAAACCAGAACUUGGUGGAAGAAAAAUCUGAUCAUGUGACUCUCCAGGAUCUCGCUUCCUGUUGAUUGAAUACUGAAAGGUUAAUCAGGGUCAUUGAUAUCACAGGGAUUAGACAAUUGAGCAUUGCUUGCUACCCUCUCUAUAGAUCUGGUUCUUGCCAGCAUUGGGCAGUUCGCUAUUAUUCCUUUGAUUCUUAUGUCCUGUCCAAACUGUUAACUUUUACUGGACAAAAACAUGACCAUGUAUAGGUACAUCAUGACCAUGUAUAGGUACAUCAUGACUAUAUAUGGGCAUACCAUCAUUUUUUGAUAGAAAAGAUGAAAAUUUGAUGGCCGAAGUUUUUUUUUACAAAAUUUAUCAAAAUAAAUUACUAUUUUAUACCUAUGAUUUCGCUAGAAAUUCCACAGUUUUUAUAAUCCGGAAAAUAAACUACAUGCCGAUUCUAACCUACUGUAUUUUUCACUGUAGCAGUCUUGAUAUCCAAUUUGGAUUGCAUUUAUGUAUUUUGAUUUUAAAUCAUCUGAGUCUUAUUUUGGUACUGUAAUUGGUGUAACAUGAUACCAUAAUUUGUUGGUAUUAUUGUUACUAAUUCAUGUUAAAUCAUUUAAUGUAAUUUGAUCGUAUAAUUAUUUGUAUAUGAACAUGCACAUUUUCAUAAUAAUUAUAUGAAAACUCGUACAUAAAUAUUAAAAUGGAAAAUCCAAAUUUAUAACUUGCAUAUAAUGAUAUAUUAUGUGUAUAAUAUGCAAUCCAUAUAUGGAAAUUCAUAUAGGAACAUACACAUUUUUAUGAUAUAUGAAAGUCAUACAUAAACAUUAAAAUGGAAAAUCCAUAAUUGUUAACAUGUAUAUAAUGACAUUCAUAUUAAAUGUGUAUAUGAAAGUUGUAUGAAAAUUCAUAUAUGGAAAUUCAUAUAUGAACAUAAUCAAAUCGCAUGAAAACCAAAGCAAAGAUUCUUUCAAUUGUAUUUUUGUGCACACUAAAAUCGGUAGUUUUUCUGUUCGAGGAAUUGUAGCCUACAGUUUCAAUAAUUUUUUUCCUUGUAAUGUAUUCCAAUAUAUAUUUGAUCAUAACUGUAACUGAAAUAUUUACCAGUAAUUAUUUUUCAGCCACCAUUUAUUCAGUUCCCACCCUUUAUCCUGAAAUGAUUGCAGUACCAUUAAAAUAUUAUUUAAAAAAUCCUUAGUUUCAUUAAAAUAAUUUUCAUUAACAUUUAGAAAUAUUGCUCUAUUAGGUCUCAAUGCUGAAGUGUUUGAUUUCAGUGCAGGUACCUGAUUGGCUACAAUCCAUCUGACAUGUAAAUUACACAGUGCAUUUUUUAGUUAAGUAAAAUGUAGAGUGAAGUAUGAAAGGCCAAUUAUGUCAAAAAUGUGUUAAUUUAGUAGAAACUUUAUCACAUGCUGCUUAGAUAUAGGACCAUCUUUGAUUGAAUGAGUUUUAUCUUAUAUUUGUUAAAAUAUAAUCAAAAUUGAUGAGUUUAAAUUAAUUACACCCCAUUUUUUAAUUAGUGGUCUCUAAAAACAAAUUUUUAACUUAUGUUUUAAUGUAUCUCUGAAAUAUUAAUUAACAGCUCUGUUUAAUCGUUUAAAGAAGAUUUAGAUUUUAAGGGGGUUUUUCCCCCCAAAAGAAAAUUUGAUUGCUCUUGCAUUAUGGGUAUAAAUAACCUCAGAAGCAGUCACUCCAUAGUAAAGUAUGUGAAACUUGUUUUUACUUCAGCAGUGGUUCAUCUCUACAGUGUACAUAUUCACUAAAAAUUGUUAUCUGAUCAGAGACUGAUGUUUUGUUUACCAAAAAACGUACAUACAUCAUGGUCACUAAUUAGUAAAAAGAAACCAAUUUUUGAUGAAGUCUACAUGUAGGGAAGAAGCUCAGAGUACUUCUCUGAAAAGUGUUCUCAAUGCUAAAAAUUGCUUGUGUGAGUAUUAAUAUGAGGGCAUUCUAUUUUUGUUGGAACAUUAUUCUUGAGAAAAUUACCGACGUCGGUUUUAUUUGCCAUUGCUGUAAUGGUGCUUCACAUACCUACUUGUGUGUAUAUAUGUCAAAGUUUGUUAUUUAUUUAUUUUUUCCAUGCAUAUAUUUAUGAUCAUCAUGAUUUCAGACCUUUUAAAAAUUUACAGUACCCGCUUCGUUAUGCCAAAUAUAUUUAGCUUUUGACUGUCAGUUUUAAUCCAUUAUAUAUCUUAGUGAGGUAGUACAGUGGUUAGAUCUUAGAGAAGCAGCUUUCUGAUGAGCAGACAUUUCUGUGCACGUUAAUCCUAUGCUUAAUGAAAAUAUAAACAUCCUGAUUUUCAUAAAGCAAUCAUGUGAUUAACCGCAUGUAAUUAUACAUGAAAGCACAAUUGAUACGAUAUUGUGAGAAAGCUGCUUUGAUGUGACGAAUGGAUUACAGACGUCAUUGGCGGUAUAUGGUAAUUAGUUGGUAAGAGAUCAUUUUGUCAGAAUGGGUUUAUUCGUAAAAUUGAUUAAAAUCUUUAGUAAGCUGAUUACGAUAUUUGUGUAUCGUAGUUGUACAGGAUUCUGACAUUUUUCUCCUUCAUGAUUGGGGAGUAUUGGAGAUAUAUAUUAUAUAUAUGUACAACAAAAUACACGCUAUUGAAAAUAA